UGCCGGUGCCGCUCCCUUCCCCCGGCCCCGCUGCCGUACUCACGCGCGGAGCCGCAGAGGGGCGGAGCGGGUCUCAUCGGCUGUGCAGCGAAUGGAAUGUCCUCGGGGAACGGGGCCUCCUGCCGUGCGUGAGGCUCUUGGGUGGCACAAGAAGAACAGCUCGAGGGCCAGGGCCGGAGCAGAAGGAGCAGCAGGAGCAGGAACCGGGGGGGUCCUUGUCACCCCCAGACGGGGCAGCACCGUGAGCAGCUCCCACAGGACCUCCCUGGCCUCCGAGGGACGGCCAGUGCGCAGGGGGGGCCUCGUUGGCAUCCAGGGGCCCCUGCAGGUUUUUGAUGAAGAUGGGAAGAAUGUGACACCGCAUCCCCUCUUCCAGUCAGACCCAAAUACUGCCACACCCAGGACAUAUGGAAGCAGCAGCACUCGGAUAUCACACAAAUCAACAAGCAAGUCUGGCCUCGAGGGAACAGCAGAACCUGGCUCUGGACAAGACCCAACUUUGAGCUUAUCUGCUGUGCAGGUGGGGCAGGAGGAGAUGGAAGAAGAAUUAACAGAGGCAGACCUGGAUCAGAGAGUGGAUAUUUACCUCUCAGAGACAGACACACUCUGGAUGUUUGACAUGCCCUCUGUCAUGGUGUCUGUGGAAGCAGAAGAUGCUGGGAGAGUUCUGGAGCGGAAUAAGAUUUACGCUGACAUGUGCAAAACCAAAGCUGGCAGCGAACGCUUUGAAGAGAGAAUGGUGCAAACCCUGGCUGGGGCUGCCAAAAACAAGGAAGUGCAAUGUGAGACAAUUAUCAUGGAAGAUAAAGGGAUGAUGGUCACUUCCUGGGACUUGGACAAUUCACUGGAUGCAUCAGAAAUAGAACCUGCGUCACGGGCAGAAGGAUUUGGAGCCACAACAGGGGGAAGCAGCAAAUCUCCCACAACGAAAGAGCAGGAGCAGUCUGUGUCUGUCUCUUCUGACAGAGAAAGCGCUGUUCCUGUCAGGAGCCAGGAAGAGGAGAAAUGCCAUUCAGAAGCUAUAUUAACAUCAGAAAACUUAAAGCAAGAUUUAGUUAUCAUGGAGAGGAUUUUAAUGGAGAAUAUUUUUCAACCCAAACUCGCGGCUUAUCGGCAGAUUCCUGUCCUUAUAGAGCCUGACAUUACCUCGGACAGGGGUGAUACAGCAACAGCCACGGAAGAAGAUGAAGAGGAAGAGCAUGAUAAGGAAAAGAAGGAUGAGGGAAAAGAAGGAAAAGGAUUAAUUGACCCAUCAAUGACAAUAAAUAAAACCCCAGAAGAAGAUGCAGCUCCCAGGCUGGAACAGCUGUGGUCUUACACGUGUGAUUUAACCAGCGGCCACAGCGUGAGCAGCAUGGCCUGGAACAAAGUGAAUCCUGAUCUUUUAGCCAUUGGUUACGGAGAGUUUGAUUCUAAAGAUCAGAAGAAAGGCUUGGCUUGCUGUUGGUCACUGAAGAACCCCAUGUGGCCAGAGCGCAUUUUCCAGUGUGACCAUGGUGUUACUGCUGUGGAUUUUUCCCUGGCAAGUCCAAACCUUUUAGCAGUUGGAACAUCUAGUGGAUCUGUUGCAGUCUAUGAUGUGAGGAGCCGGAACAACGCCGCAUUCUUGGACAGCAGUGCAUCCUUAAAUAAACAUACAGGUGCUGUGUGGCAGCUGAGGUGGGUGGAACAGGACAGAGGUGCAACAGAAGGUGACAAAAAAGAGAGACUGAUGUGUAUCUCAGCAGAUGGGCGAGUAACUGAGUGGCUCAUCCAGCAAAGACUGGACUGCAUUGAUCUGAUGAAACUCAGGCGAACAGAAAGGGAGAAGAAGACAUUACCAGGUGAGAAAGAAAGGAAAAGUGAAGCUCCGAUAUCUCAACAGGCAGCUGGAAUGUGCUUUGACUUCCACCCAGAGGAUACGGAUAUUUAUCUUGCUGGAACAGAUGAGGGCCACAUCUACCAGUGCUCUUGCUCAGGCAAAGAGCAGAUUCUGGGAACAUACAGAGGCCAUAAAGGUCCUGUGUACAGAGUGGCCUGGAAUCCAUCCAGCACAGACAUGUUCCUAAGCUGCUCUGCAGACUGGAGCACCAUUUUAUGGCACCGGGACUCACAGACGCCCCUUUUAACUUUCAGUUCUGUCAAAGCUUUUGUUCAUGACAUCAUGUGGUCUCCAAAAUCAGCCUUCAUAUUUGCAGCAGUGAAGGAAAGCAGGGUAGAAAUCUGGGAUCUGAGUGUCAGCAUCUUCAACCCCGUGAUCUCCCACGCUGCCAACCCAGAAGCCAAUCUCACGUCCAUCCUCUUUGCCAAGAACACCAACUGCCUUCUGCUGGGAGACAGCCUUGGUGGAGUUGGGGUGUGGGAGCUGUUCAACUUGGAUGCUCCUGGCAGCAACGAGGUUGGUACCUUGCAUGACAUCGUUUGUCCAGUUGGAGCUGUUUAACAGUAACUGCUGCCCCUUCUCUGUUGGGAAACAGCAGGAAAGACACGAUGUAGUAUGAACAUUUAUUCCUUUGCAAUAAUUAAAGUUUCUCUUUGAAACCACA